CCCGUCAUUCUGUGGGUCAGGUGAUUCCCGGUCGCGUUCAGUCCGUGCUGAGGACUCGCCGCCGCCAUGUCCGGGCUCGCGCUGCUGUAUUCGGGACUGGGGCUGACCGCGGCCGCCACCAUCACCGGCAUCGGUUAGUGCUUUGAACGGGGAGCUGGGAGCGCCGCUGCGAGGGCCAACGCCGCUUUGCCGAAGUCCUCCUCUCCCCUCCCUUCGCCGGGGCUGUGUGCGGUUAUCCGCAAAGGAAAUGGCUGUGGGAAAUGGCUUGUCGUGGGCGGGCGGGGGGCGCAAGGCGCGAGGGAGCACACUUGGGGCGCUGGGGGUGGGAUGCCGCCCUCCAGGCUCAGCGAAUGUUUUUGGGUGCUUCUUGAUCCGCGGUGCUGCCUUGCCCUACCCUAGUUUGCCCGUCAGGCUGUUCUCGGGGUUGGGGGGCGAGGCGACAUCCCUGCUGAGGGGAGACUCGCAUCCUCCUGCUUGCGCGGGGAGAGCCGUUUUGUCUUCAGGGGGUGGUCCGGAAGAUACUGUACUCGGUUCUCCUUGUCCAUGACCUUCUCAUAGGGAAGGUUUCCGGAGGGGCCCUCGCAUGUGGGUUUCCCACGGCAGGCCCACCUCUUGUCGUUCUCCACAUCCUUGGUCUCAAAAAUAAAAAUAGUUUAAGAGACGACUCCAGACUUCCACCAUAUUGGGCUCUGUGGUGCUCAGUUUGCUUCCUCAUCUGUGAAAGCAGCGAAAAGGCGAGGGGUGGGGAAAGGCUUUCUUAAUGGCUGUUCAGUGCUAGUUGUGAAUUUUGAUGCUGUGCACACCAAUGGCAUUUUUGAUGUCUGAAAGUAGAUCAAAAGAAGUGCAUUUGGAGGAACUUUCUAAAAGUGCAGUGUUGUUUCCGUUUUUUAUGUGGUGAAAUUUGAGCAAGGCCUAGAGGGUGUAGCCUUGGAACCAGGGGACCUGUGGCAGAGUCUGGAGCUGCUGUCCCUUGGUUAUCUUUAGUAUCAAAACAAUUGCACUUUAAUGAACUCCUGACUAGCUACGUAAAUGUUUAUACAUUGACAGGAUUACUGGGUCUUAAUGUUGAUAUAUAUCUUUUCCUUCACUACCAAACAUUGAUUUCAUUGUUCAUCAUGGUUUCGAUGUUAACCAUCCUAGCAUUGGUAAGAAGUUCUGCAUGUUUUUGGGUGAAGGAGACUUGGCUCACCAAUAGCCUGGAUUCAUUCUUGCUGGAGAGAUAUUUGCAUUUUCUGGUAGUCUCUACAUUUGUUCAGAUGAUAAUUUGUUCUUGGUGAGCCCAUGCAGGUAUGCUGUGUCCUUAUUCUAAACAAGGAACAAUUCAGAAAGUCCUCCAUCAUGAGUUGAAUGACAUAUUUGUUCUUGUAUUGUGUGGUUGCAAUUUAUUGGGAACCAAAAAAGCGUUAACACUGUUGGGGGAAAUGUGAUGAAUCAUGCAAAAGGUGCACAGUGGACUCUCCCCCCUCCCCUUCAGUUUGUUUUGUCAACAAGCUUUGGAGCAGUUGUCCUACAACAGUCCUGUCCCAGCUCUCUGGGAGCUGUUGGUGGCUUCAACUGGAUUAGCCCAGCUGAUUUGGUUAAGACUUCACCAGUCAGGGUUGAGGAAUGACAAACAGCAAACUAAGCUCUGACCUUCUGAUUCAAACUCAGUUUCUUUAAGGUCAUUUUACCAAUUGGACACAGACCUUGCUUAGAAGCAGAGAGUUUCUUACUGGUUCCUGUUGGGACUAAGCAGACUAAGCAGUCUACCACUCUACUCAAACAGUACUCCAUUUCCUUUUCUCCUUCAUUAUAUCUUAUUUGCAGCUAGGGUUCUUCUGCCCCUCCCCUCCUCUUUUUGCUACUUUUCCAGUGUUAAGUGUGACUCUUAGUUCCCCUUUCAGAUCAGCAUGGAUGGGAAGAACAGAACUUCUCCUUUUCUAGCCAUGAUUACUACAGCUGUACCAGGGAGGACAUUAACAUUUUCCUUUCUUUUCAGUAGGAUGUGAGCAUAGAUGCAUCAUGGUGGGUCUCUGAGUAUCGCCCUGUCUUGGCUUCUGUGGACCCUGAACCAAGCAUGAUUCUGUUAUUACUCUGGGACAUUCAUGCACCUGAGCUAGGGUUUGUCAGACUGGUGGCUGGGGACUGUGGCCGGAAGGAAUGUGCUCCAAGUCAUGAGACAUCUGUCCCAAAAUGUGAGAAGCUAUUUGACCUAUAGAUGGGCUACAUAGGUAGAAAUACCUUACCCCAUCCCAAUAUAUAUCUGGAAGGGACAAUGAAGAACUCUUUCCUAUAACAGUACUUCAGUGUUCUGCCUCAUGACUAAACUUAUUGGAGAGGAAGCAGAGCGGAGCACCACUUGAAUGAAUAAAUGAUGUAUGUAACCGUACUCAGGGGGGGGUAGCCUGUCAUUUGACCUUGCUACUAUAGGGAAGAAGCAGUGUGAUGAAUGGAGGUUUAUUCACUGUGCUGUCUCUUCUUUUUUAUGGUAGCUUUGGGUAACUGUUGUUGCAAAACAGUGACUUAACUUCUCAGAUGUGAUUGAAUGAUUAAUAACUUUGAAGAGUCUUAAAGGUUUUGGAUCUUAACCUUUAGGAUAACAAUCUUUAAUGUGAAGGAUUUACUGAAAUAUUAUUCUCUCUAGGUUUUAUGCUCGAAACACUGUUACAUUUUUAUUUUUUCAUCAUUGUUUAACGAUUAGUAAGAUCAGUUGUACUGGCUAAUUCUCAAAGCAUCAGCAGAAUCAUGGCUUCACUGGUCAGUUUGCUGUUGUGCCAACUCUACUUUGUGUAAUAAACUACACUUAACUUGGUUUUCCAUAGUGUCUGCUAACAAUUUUGGGACUUUGUAUGGGUUGCUUGGGGGGCGGGGAGUUAAUUUCCCCCAAGAAUUCUUGUAGCUUUAAAACUUUUUACAUGCACUGCAUACAAGGGUGUCACUCAUGUCUUUUUGCAGGAUGAUGAACCAUUUGGUCUUGGACUUAGAGGUAGGAUAGGUUUGUGUUGCAUUUUAUACUAUCUGGCCCAAAUUUUAAGAGGGCUCCUGUACCUCUAGGAGUUUUACAGAAAGUAGUGUAUUUUCAUCAAUUGCUGCAGCACUGCAUUGGGUAAAACAAAUCUGAAAAAAUGCUACCUGUAUUCUGAAAUAAUGCAUUCCAAAAUAGUAUUGGGCCUGAAAGUGGUAGUUUGCUUCCUUUCUUUGCAAUUGCAUAUUCCAUCCUUGCUAUGUGUUAUAUACUUGUAAUAUAAAUUAAGGAGGAGAAAAGUGAAUGACUACUACCGCAAGGGUAAAAAACAUUAAUUGUGACACUUCAAGCAAGAGACAAAAAUCUGGAGCUGGUCCUAUUGGAAGUAACAUAUCAAGAUCAGCAUUGUGGAUCUGAAAAGUAAAGACCAGAAUUCUGGGUGGGAAUCUUUAGCCCACUUCCUGUUAGGCCUCACAGGGUGCCAUGGAAUUUUCUCCCCUUCUGUUUUUUUUUUUUUUUUUAUAAUUGAUAUUUAUUGAAUUUUCAAAAAAUAACAACAAAAAUUUCCAAAAAAAAAAUUUUAGGAUACAAAAAACAAAAAUAGUGCAUAAACAAAAAGAAAAGAAAACCCAGCCGCAAAGAAAGAAAAAAAAGAGAAACAGAAAAACAAAAAUAUAAAGUCCUUUACAAUUUCUAUUGACUUCCUUUCUAGACUUCCUCCUCCUCCCCUCUUUUGUUUCUUAAUUUUUAAUUUUUACAGCAAAUCCUUUCUGUUUUUUCAUAACAAUCUGUCAUUACAUUUCCUUAUUCUAUUUUCCCUCUUGUCAUAUAAAAGCUUUAAAACUCAUAGCUUAUAUUCAAUAUUUACCAAGUUCUUGCAUCAUUACCUUUUUACAAAUCAUUUACCAAUCCUUACUUAAGCCAUGUAAUUUCAUUCAACAUCCUUCAAACAUUUGUAAGCAUUCCCAAUAUUAAAAAGUAGAAAAGAAAAAUUAAUAAGUCAAAUUCAGUCCAGUCAGCUUCCAACCUCCCCUCCCCUGGACCCGGGAUUGUCAGUCCUUUUAACCUCCCUUAACCUGGUUGUCUCGUAUCCGAGGCCCUCAAGUCUCUUUCUUGCCCCUUUCGCCACUCUUGUUGAUGAUUCCUUUCCAGUCGUGGAUGCUCCAGCAAGAAAAUGCUUUUGACCCUUUGCAGCAAGUCCAUCCCAAACCCAUUGCCCAAGCCAGACAGCAAAUAAUACCACUUCAAAUUUCCACAAAGCUUGGAGACUUCGGCUACUCCAAUCCUCUGAUAGCCCAUCACCAGACUCGGAAGGUCCAAAUAACCAUAUGGAGGGGGGGUCGAUCCAUCCCCCCAUUUCCAAAUCUGACCACAUUUCAUCUUUCCGAAUCUGGUUUGUCCCAAGUUCAUUUAUCAAGUUCAAAGGCUGAUCUUGCCUGUCCAAAGGUCCCUCCAUCUCUGAAGCCUCCAUCACUACAGCAGGUUCAUAUGCUUGUAUAGCCUUUAACUGAAUUUCAUUUGUUUGCUGCUGUGCUCUGGUAACUUCCAUCCUCAAGGUCGUCUCCUGACGCAUCUGGUCCAGCUGGGCACUUAGUUUUGAAAAACCUUCCAGGAACAAUUGUUCAAGCCUUUGUACUAGCAUUGUCCUUCAAGGUCAAAGAAAAUUCUUUCCCACGAGAGUAGUCCAAUAAUCCUUCUCUUUUAAUCUCUCUGCGUUGCAAUUUCACUAAAUUCCACUAGAUGGAAUUUUUUUUUUUUGUAAAGGAAUAAAAGCAACAGCAACAAUCUUUCUUUUUCCAGAAACACUUUAUCCAGAAUUCCCCCUUCCAAAUUCAAGAGGCAACAGUAGAAUCAAAAUGUUACCCUUCUUUUAACUAACUGUCGAGCUGGAUAAACUUCAGAACGUCAAUUCUGACAGCCCGCUCCUGGUUCAGGGCGGUGGAAAAUUACUUUAUUUUAAACUCACUUCCGCAGGAUUGAAAGGUCCAAAUACAACCCCUUUUUCUCCUGCUGUCAAAGGGGGUUCAGAAAUCUUAGAUGUUGAAUUCUAGUUCUCUUAAAAUUUAAUUUUCAGGCUUUAGUAUAUUUUGUCUUUGCUUUCUUCACAUAACAAAAGAACGGAAGGCGACUUCCUGUUUAGACCUUCCCAUUCCGAGUCCCAAUUAAGUUCAAUUUCAAGUCCAAUAUUGUUUGUUUAUUCACCAGUCUUAAAAGUGGUUCAGCUCUUCUAAGAUCAGGUACUCACGGAUAGAUGUUUUAGAUGCCAAAUUGUCCAGGAAGAAGGCAGCGCUCUCCGAUAAUGGCAGUGCGGCUUUGCUGCACGGAGGAAGCAGACGACUCACAGCACCACGCACCUCCCACUCCGGAGCCCGUUACCGGGCUCCUGUACAGGGGAGAGAGCGCUCUCGGUGCCCGCCGAGUCCCACGUCCACAGGCUUCUUCCGCCUGUGGUUUUUGCGGGUCCCCGCUGCGCCGUAGCGGCAGGACCCAAGCCUCCGUGCAGCGGGUUCCCUUCAGUCCGAAGGGAAUUCCGCCAUUUUCCGGAGGCGCCACCCCGGAAGUGGAAUUUUCUCCCCUUCUGAAAGUAUAGAAAGAGACUCUCCAGUCUACUGAGUGUAUUCUCUACUGCUUAUAGUACAAAUUGAUUUGGAAUAUAGAGAGGGAUUGUCCUAGCCAGUAUCCACUGAGAAAGCAGUGAACAAACCCACAUAAGGACAGGAAGCUUCUUUUGCCAGCUCGCUUCACACUUUUCUUGUGAAGAAAAGUAGAGGUGUCCUUAGGGUUCAUUUUUGGCCCUUGGGUUCUCCUGCAGUAUGUAAAGAAGAUCCUUCAAGCAGUGUGAGUAAACUACCGUUCAGCUGUGCUUUGUCUUAUUAUGCCUUUCCAUUCCUGUAUUCCUCCAUUGUUGGGAUGCCUUCAGAUACCUGAUUGCUGACUUCAAAGUUCACAUUGUGUACUGUUUCUGAAUGAUGCUGUUGUAGUAUGUGAGGGUAGCUAGAAUUACUGAUAUGUUUUCCUACCAUGUUGUAAAGACUUGGGAUGGAUUACAAGAACCCCUCUUUUUUAGUAGGGUUCUUGCACUCAGUGGGAUAUGCCAAGGUUGCCCACCGCCCCAGGAUGGUGUAGUGGUUAAGAGCGGUAGUCUCGUAAUCUGGGGAACUGGGUUCGCGUCUCCGCUCCUCCACAUGCAGCUGCUGGGUGACCUUGGGCCAGUCACACUUCUUUGAAGUCUCUCAGCCCCACUCACCUCACAGAGUGUUUGUUGUGGGAGAGGAAGGGAAAGGAGAAUGUUAGCCGCUUUGAGACUCCUUAAAGGGAGUGAAAGGCGGGAUAUCAAAUCCAAACUCUUCUUCCCCUUCUUCUUCUUCUUCUUCUUCUUCUUCUUCUUCUUCUUCUUCUUCUUCAUGCUGCUUAGCAUGAAGCCAUUGGUAAGGAGAAUUUUGAGCUAAUAUUUGCCAGAUUUAAAAUUUACUUGUAAAUCGGUAUGCAUUAAAAUAUAGCUUUGGUAUAAUAUAAUAAAAAUAUAACUAUAUUUUAUGCAAUAAAUUAUUAUAACCAGAGAAAAAGCUUUAAUUUAUGCUAGUUGAUCUAAUUUUCUACAUUAGAAAGGGGGACCAUAAGUUCUCAAAUUGUCCCAUUUAUUUGUCUACUUUUGCUUAAUUGUACUAUUUCUCUUUAAUUUCGUUACUGUAGCAAGAUACCAAACCCUAUCAAACCAUUCUCAUUCUGUUGAAAUGAUUGGAAAAUACCAUAUCACUUCCAAAAUAUAUAUUUUGGCAGCAGCUAAUAAAACCCAAAUAAAUUUCCAUGUUCUGAUCUCACAUCUUCAUUAGGAUAUUCCAGAAAAAUUAUUAGCAGAUUUAUAAGUAUGUGAUAUGCAAUUAUAAUUAUAUAAAUGCAUCUAGUGGUCUUUCCUACCAAAUUCCUAAUUUUGUCUCAUGUCCAUCAGACAUUAAUAUAACCCUCAACUGUUUCCCCACAUUUCCAAUAUAUUCCAUUAAUGUCUUUGGUUAUAUGUUUGGUGAAUAUUUGAAUAUAAUUUGAUGUGGUAUCUUUUAUAAAAAAAAUAUAUUAAAUUGAAUAUAAUCUGGAGCUUUGGGCAGUGAUGUUAUUGACAUAACACCAAGCUGUAUAUGUUGUUAACUAAAUGAACGGGUACUACUAUUUUGGUUUUAGUUAACAUUGACACAUUUUGGUGGAGUGGAUGGUUAAACAAACUAGAUUUGAAUUUAGGCAAGUUGAAGAUAGUUCUGGUAGAUAGUUCUGGACUGGUAGCAGCCCUGCCUCUAUUAGACAGAAGUGACAGUCACUGCAUCAAACUAGUUAGGUGUCUAGAAGUACCGUACCCUUAAACCCUGUCUUAUUUUUUGACAGGCAGGUUUGGGGGUUUCCAGGAGCACCUUUAAUCAACUACAUCUAUUGUGUAGCUGUGUAGCUUUCUGGAGAGGAAGGCUCUAGCUAUGCUUUUUGAUAUUUUGUAACCAGUACUGUAGUAUGGAUCUUCCAGAAAUUUUUGAAUUAGAUACCUUUCUGGGAAACUUUCUUACGCUAUUAGGCUAAUUUACACUGUAGAUAAUUCAGUUUGUGUUGGAAACUUUUAUUACACUCCCAAUUUAGCAUGUUCAUUUUUCUAAUAUUUUGUAAACAAAGCAAAAAAACUUGGGCAUUGGCAAGCUUGCCUGUGUUUGCAGUUGGCAUCCAACUCACAAAAUGGGGGGGGGGGGGAAUUCCACAGCAAAAUAAAUCACUGGUAAAUUUUCCAUUCCACAUCUUGGUUUGUAACUGCCGGGUUUGACUACUUUUUGUAAGGAAGACUGCAAAGUGCAGUUAAUACAAAAUGGCAUCAGAUUAUAUCUUAUGCUAACUCUCUCAGUGUUGGUGGCAUGGCUUGGCAAGGAAGGAUGCUAUGCCACACUCCCCUCUUCUCCAACCUUCACCUGGGUUGCUCCAAAAGAACACUUUGCCUUCAUGGGGCCCCGUUCCCCCCUUGUGCAUAGACUAUUAACCUGCACAGCAUACAAAUUUGAAUAGAUUCUGCUCCUAGUUCUUACCUAAAUGUCAGGAAGAGUGUAGCUCUCCCUGGGUGUAUAUGCCCAUUAUCUCUCUCUCUCCAGUGUUGCUUUCAAAGCCUGCGUGUGCAGGGAAAGGCAGCAGGCUGUCGGCUCCUGGUGCCAAUUUUUUCUGAGAUCAGAGUCUGCUGCUGCUGAGUGAAGGGUCCGGAAUUGGCAGUGCCUGGGGCUUAAAGCUGUCGCUUGGAGCAGGCUGCACACCUAUGAGCAGAUAGGCUUCUGCUCACUGGGAUGUGAAUAUGACCCUGAUGAGCUCUGAGCCAUUGAAUAGUCUUCAGUUUCCUGACCCACUUUCUUCUGCUUCCCCAUACAUGGUUAAUUCUACCAGACUUGUUUUUGGUGUGGUGUAUUAUAUCUACAAUGUCUACUGAUAGGGACUUCACACCCUCUGUUGAACUGCCUUGUUGUCUAACACUUUCUAAUGUCAACGCUAUUUUUUAAAAAUAGAUCAAAGGGUCACCCUACUUGCAUUCUCUCUUAAGUUAUUCUCCAUGGGAGCCAAUCUAUCCUUUCUUCCCCAGUUCUGUGGCUCAUUUGUUCUCUAUCCUGCCCCAAGAUGCUCUGUUUCUGCAGCCUUGCUCUUUCUUUCUCAGCUCCUUCCCACCUCUGUGUCUGUGUCUUUUUUCACAUUGUCAGGCUCACAGGAGGAUAGUUCUGCCUGGACCUUGCAAGUGGAACAUUUGCAUCCUGUGACUGUCCCAUCAUAUUCUAUUCAUAUAUCCCGAAAUACAGUUCCCAUCAUCAUGUCAUUGACUCAUCUUCUUCCACUCUGCUUCCCAGUCUGAGGUUGUGGGGUGAUUUUCCCUUCCUGUCUGCAGUAUGUGAUACUGCUAACUUUUUCACAGCUGGUUUUCUUCCCCAUGCAUGUUCUUCAUCCAGCCCUUUAAAAGGAGAAAAUGGUUUUUGGAUGAAAAAAGGCCCCUAGAGCCAAGAUUGCUGUGGAUGUGAAGGUACAGCAUUCUUGCUUAUCUAAGAAUGAAAGCUGCUGGGGAUCCUUUUGGUAUUGUUAAUAAUAAUAAUAACAUUUAUCAGUCACUUUAUGCAAUAAAAAGUCUCAAAGCAAUUUGACAAAUUAAAUUACAACACCAUUUAAAGCCAGAAAAGUUUAAAACACCGAGAAUAUAUAGUACAUAAAAUGCACAUUCAUCAACAAAUUAAUAAGGACCAAGUCCUACCCACCCCACUAAAAGAUGGGCACCACCGUAGGAGGCAACAUUAAUUAACCAAAGGUCUUGGCUUGCUGCACCUAAAAAUUGAGAAAGAUGGUGACAGGCGCAUCUCCCUAAAAAGAGCAUUCCACAGGUGAGGCGGUUGGGAACAUCACAGAAAAGAAUGACUGAUUAUAAAAAGACUUCAUGAAUAACUUUGCUUAUUUGGGUUGGUCACGAGUAGUGUCACAGAUGGAUGUGCUUCAGACUGCAGCAGUUAGAUAACAUUUUUCAUAGCAAUGCCCAUUAGGGCUACCACAAAGGGGUCGUGCCCUUCCAGUUAGCUGUGUGAACAUGGGGAUUUUAUUUUUUAUACAUAAACAUAAUAUUUCAAUGAAUAUUAAACUAAGAUUUUCAUUUAUACGUACAGAAAAAAUGGGGCGGGGGCAGAAAAGCGUUUCCAUUACUGCACACAGUAAAAUCAGCAAAUCUAUAGACAUAGAUUCAUUAAGCAUUAUAUUAAAUCACCCUGCUCCAUAUUUAUUUUAGGAAUUGCAGUACAUCAUUUCUCCUGAAAGCCGACAUUUUGGCUAGAUAAGAUGAUUGCCAGACUGUCACUGAUCCUUCCCUGAUGAUAUAGAUUGUCCUUCCCAUUGUUUGGCAUAAAUCAACUUUGCAGCAACCAAUAAAUUUGAAAUCAGCUCAUGCAAUCUUUCGCAUAUUCUUCUGUUACAUAAUUCAAAAGAGGGAGGAUCAAAUGGCAGCUACAUUUCAUUUUAUCAGUCCCACUAGCAUUUCCCAAAUUCUCUAGUUCUUAUACAAUUCCACUACCUGCAGAGAAAAUGUUUUUUCCCCUGAUGCUAAAAAGGUACCCAGUAUCUGGUUUACACAUUUCUGUGGCAUAAGAUGCCACUGAAUUGCCAUGUUAUAGCAGUUUCCCCUUAAAUUCAAGCACAACGAAAACAUUGACCUUUCUGUAAAUAAAAAUGUCUGCACUUCCACAGAAUUUUUGUAAGUUUCUUUUUCAGUUUGUCAUAAAAGAAUUUGGCCAUAUGCACUAAUGGAAGAUGAAACAAGGGUGGUUGGUUUUUUUUUAACCGGAGUACAUAGCCAUUAUCUCUCUGAACAUUGCAUUUUCUUUUUGUAGAGUCAAAUUAUGAAUAUAGGGAUAAAAGGCCAUAUUCUCUGCCUCCAAGAUACCUGUGACUUCUUUAUAGGCGAUCAUAGGAGAUCUUCGUUACAUUUUUCCAGUAAACUGAAACUUUCUAAAUAUUGAUAAAGAUCUAAAUCACUUGUUACCCAAGCCAAUGUGUUGUAUCAGGAGCUGUUGUUUAGAUUUUGAGGAUAGACAUAGACAAAGAUACAUUAAUGAUAGGUGGAAUGGUUACAUCUCUUGAGUUUUUCUAUAACUGCCAAUUGUGCCAUUAGGAAGCUUCCAUCAUAGCUACACAGAACAUCCUGCCCAUACAUUGGUGGCUGUUAUCUUGCCUUUGGCUGAGCCUGGCUUCUGCACGGGCCUGGCAGAAGUCGAAAGUGAUUGUUUGAGGUCCAAGGUGUUGUAUUCCUAUGUGGGUCAGUGCUGCAGCACUCAGAAGAUAAAGAGUGAGGUAGCCAGUAUGGUACCCCAAAUGCUAUUUUUGCACUACUGACUGGAGAUGAUGAGAACUGGAGGUGCACAGCAUCUAGAGGAUGCUCACAUUGGCUACCCUGGAACAGAGAGGGGCAAGACUUCCUGUUAGUGCUGAAAGGAUUUUAAAAAGUGUGCUGGUAGGAAGCCUGUAGGAUAAGAGUCCUUUUCUGUCUCUUAUUUCUAGUAUGUAGUGACCUUUUGGGUCUUGUUAAACAGAGCACAACAGAAAGGAAUAAGUGAUAAUUUCCCCAUGAAAGAGGUGAUUUGGAAAGGGGCAAUUUGUGGUGUAAGCUGUAUGAAGACUAUAUAAACCCUUUCUGCUCUCCCUGUGGGGGGUUCAGCACUGGUGGCAAGGUGUGAGCAUCACAGAUUGGGCUUUGAGGAGACCAAGCCAAAAAGUGGAAUCAUUCUGUGUUUCUCUUGUUUUUCAGGAAUCUGCUACACAAUAUUUGACCUUGGUUUCCGUUUCGAUAUAGCAUGGUAAGAUGGCACUUUUUCCUAGAGGCUGGGGUUGGAGUAGCAUGGGGAACAGUGGCUUAUUGGUGUUUUCAGCAAUAUAUUGGGGAAGAGAGCAUGAGGAAAAGCAGUAAUUUGCCUUCGCGUUUUCUUUUCCAUGCGCGUGAAUUACAGAAAGCCCAACAGUGCUCUGCUCUGAGGAGUGGUAGGCAGGCAGAUGUUUGCAUGGUUGCUUCCACAGGCAGGCCGUGUCUCCCCCCCCUUCCCCCGUUGGUUGACAACAGUAUUGAUGGCAGUGUCCUAUUUCACUAGUCGAUGCUGCUAAUUGCCUCAUUUUGCCUGCAGGUCAGCUGGCUGCCUCUCCUCUUCGCCUGCUGUUGCAAGCCACUUGUCCCUGUGCUUAGCUAGGUUAUAGGCCCUGUGCUGCUCAGAUUCUGUUGGCACAUCUGCGCACACAUCUUGAACAUUUUUGGGGCACUUUUUUCUGUGCUUCUGGACUAUUGCUUGGGCCUGAAAACCCACUUCUCCAUGCACCCACUAGUCUUAAUGGUAUAGGAUUAGUGGUCUUGAGGAGUUGCCGUGACCCAUAUCCUGCUUCUGCUAGUUCAAGAGCUAACCAAAGAGUGCUGUAUUGAACAGCAUCUUAAGCAAGUCUCUAGCUCACCCUGCUUUCAUGGACCUCCUUUCCUGUUGGCUAAACUAACCUAGGGUUGCUUGAGCUCAGCACAGCUUUUCUACAGUGUUGUUUUGUAGCCCAAACUAUAACAAAUAACACCUUUCCUAAUGGGUUAUGAAGUCUCCUAGUUACUGCUAAAGAGGCAAGGCCUUCUGGCUGCCACCCUGGGCAGCAGGCGUUAGUUCUCUUUUACCACUUACCAAUUGUGCAGGAUGGGUAGACUGACCUGACCAAGUUCUGUCCAGAAAUGGGAUGGAUUGGUUUGAAUAGGGCUGCUUCUCCCCUGCGGGUGCUAUGACUUGAUGCUAUGAUGGAGAAAGGAAUAGAGUAUUCAUAAGGUAAUUCCUCCUAUCUACAGGUUCCUGACAGAGACCUCGCCAUACUUGUGGUCCAACCUGGGCAUUGGACUGGCCAUCUCAUUAUCAGUGGUGGGUGCUGCCUGGUGAGUACUUCAUCUCUCCCAGCCCCUAGCGAUCUCUUAAUGGACAUCAUUCCUCAACCAAUACUGCUGAGCCCUACUUUGGGCUUCCAUUUUGGGGGGUUAGUCCCAAGGCACAGUCUGAGGGCACAUGAUGCAGCCACUUCACCAAAGGUCUGUGUCUGGUUAGUGCCUGGAGGGAGAUCCCCAAACUCUGUCUGGACCCUGGGAUUGUCAUCUGAGACCCUUUUCUGCCUGAUGCAUCAAAGGCAGACUCAAAGAGUGGUGAUGAGAGAACAGGCCUUUUCUGCAGCUCCCCAACUAUGGAGUGUGGCAGCAAUUCUGUCAUAGUUCAAGUACCAGACAGAUACAGUUUUUCCCCCUGGGCAUUUGGGAAGCACCAAUGAUUGGAUAUUCCCCUUACUCUGCCUGCAUUUUUAAUAUGCUUAUGUGUUUUCAUUACUGUAUUCUAUUAUUGUUGUAAAUCACCCUGGGAAUUUUGGGAUUCAAUAAACCUAACCUAACUUCAUGUACACCACCUUGACUUCUAUGAUGGAAGAAAGUCAAGAUAUAAGUGUACUUAAAUAAGUGUAGUGCUGGGCAUUAAUGAAUAAUAAAAUGAUUUUGGCAGGGUGCAAUCUAAGCAAGCCGUCCCCCCCUCCCCUUUGCUGCCUAUCAAGUACCACUCCUCUAACCGCUUCUGUAACUAUUUUUUCAGGGGCAUUUACAUUACUGGAUCCAGCAUCCUUGGUGGCGGUGUCAAAGCACCUAGGAUCAAAACCAAAAAUCUGGUCAGGUGAGAGGACCCCCUUGUUCAGCAUAUAUUCCACAGGUAUAGGUACUGCAAAGUCCAAAAGCUCACUUGCCCAUCCUUGAUAUGCCUUGUUUCCUGCUGCACAGAUUUUAAAAAAUUGUACAUUCCUGAAUUGGCUUCUGUGUACCGUAAAAUCCUUGUGAGAGCUAGGCAUUGAGUUUGAUCCAGCACAGGUGUGGGGACCCUCAAUGCUUGCAGGGCAAAAGAUGGAACUGGGCACAGCAAAAUACAAAGAAAAAGCAAAUAAAUAAAAUCCCCUCUAGUUCAGUACAUUACCUGUUCCUCACCCCUGGCUUAAUGGGUGGGGUGUGAGAAUAGGGGUGUGAGCACCUUGUGGAAGGAUCUGCUUUGGGCCGGCUUUGCCUAUGCUCAGAAACACUCUGCCUUAAGUGUCAAGCAAAGACUUUAAACAAAUGAAUCAGCUUUACUUUUGGGGGAACAAGGUGUGCUCUGAAACUUGCUGCUUCCUUGGUUGCCUGGUCCUUCUCAGGCUGCUGCCUCAUCUGCAAGGUUACCACCUCAUUCCUAGCUAGCCAGGGGAAGGAAGGAGGUGGUUGGGAAGCCAAGGAGGGUCCCAGUGGUAGAUGUGCCAUUGGAGGCCAGCCCAUUCCUCCCUCUCUCGUUCCCUGGUCCCAUGCCCACAUUGUCACCCUUGAGAUGUUGCAGCUGCUAAUCUGUGUUUUCUCCUGGCAGCAUCAUCUUUUGUGAAGCUGUGGCCAUCUAUGGAAUCAUCAUGGCCAUCGUCAUCACCAACAUGGCUGAGGUAAUGGGGGGGGCAGGGGCUGGCUUGUAUGGGAGGGACACGGUUGUGUGCCAAGUCUCGCUCUUGGCCAUGCUCCACGGUGUCUGAUUUGAAGGGAGCUGAGCUGUUGCCAAACGGAGGAGGGCAAAGAAGGUAAUCAGAGAGGUAUUGAUGGAGUCCAGGCAACUGUGGAGCCAAGUGCUAUGCUGGGUAGAAGCCCAGUUGCAGGAGGCAAUCCUGGCUCAUGCCUCUGAGCAAAAGUUUUCUAUCCUUGUAGGGGAGAACAAGCCCUGACUAAUUGCUCUUGAAGCAGGGGCUGGUAUCGACACAGGGACAUAGCAUUGACAUAGAGAGAAAUAGGAGUUAUUUUCACCUGGGAUAAAUCCCACUACUGAGCCAUAGAUUGCCCAAGACCUUGGAGCAAGGUUAACCUGCAUCUGGCAGAUGUUUAGAGUUAUGAGCUUAUGAGGAAUGAGGCACCUUGGUGGGCCGCAGUCCUCUCAGCUCCCUUUCCCCCUGCUGUAAUUCUGAAAAGGAUACGAGUUUAUUUCAACUCAAGUCUGGAUAGUUCCUAUCUACAGUGACGUGCCUUAAUGCCACAUCUAAUGUCUUUGUCAGAGACUUGCUUAUUAAAAUCCUUCCUUUCCUUGCAGCAAUUUUCGGGCAGAACCCCUAAGGCGAUUGGCGCCCAGAACUACCAUGCAGGUAGGCUGGGUUUGUGGGGACUGGGGAUAGGCAGGCAUAAUGGUUCUUGCCCUUGCGAUAUCAUCAGGUGCCCCUUGUUACGUAGGAAACCUAGGAGGCUGUCUUAUAGCAAGUCAGCCCAUUGGUCCAUCAAGGCCAGUGUUCUCGACACUGACUGGCAGCAGUUUCUCAGGGGCUGCCAGCCCUACUUAGAUGCACCAAAGAUUGAACCUGGAACCUGCUCUAUCUCUGAGCUGCAGCCCUUCCCUAGUUGAAUUGUGUCUUGGCACAAGUUCACCUGCAGUAGGACAGCUUUUUUCCAAUAGGCCACCGAACAUUGUCUGACAAGCAGGGGGUAUAUGUAUUAUCUCCAGUUGAUUUUCUGGCUUUGCAAAGCUCCCUACCGCCAUGUUGCAGUAUCUGAUGUGCCAACUAUAUCUGUGCUGUCACCCUGGGGUGGUGGGUAUAUCAUCUUUUGUCAUCACAGAAGAGACCGACACAUCUUGACAUGUUUGCUGGCAGCAGCUGUCCUCUUGGAUGGCUAUAGUGGCAAUGCUGUUCUUGUGGCAUGCCACAGAUGCAAGCCUGAGCGAGGUGUGAGCUGGGCCAAGAUGCUGUCUUUGGCUGUAUCCUGUCCCAAAGUCUUUAGAAUUGUGACAUCUAAUACCACCCUGUGGCCUGGGAGGCUUUCUAGUGCUCCAGAAAUAACUAAAUAAAUAGUAUAUAGCCAUUGUUCUGCUUAGAUAGUGUUACUGUCACCACUCUUUGCUUUGCUGCAUUUCCCCUGAGUGAGUCAGGAACACCUUUAAACUUUGUAAAUCUGAACCCAGUAGUCUGGUUCAUGAUUAAGGUGUGGCGAGGGAGGGUGACAGGGAGAGCUUUCUCCAAUAAAUAAGGAGCCCUUGCACCAGUUGCACUAAAUUCCUAAGAACUGGUUUAUUUUAUUUGUGGAUUAAAAGGUUUGCAUAUAGAAAGCAAGGGUUAAUAUACAUAACAUGCACCUUUUCUUCCUAAGGAAAAAUCGGUUUUUUGUGUGAGUUUGGGAGGGAAAUUGUUACAAGUUCUUGUUACCUUAUUUCCAUCUGCAGAUAAUGCAUAACAAGGACAGGCUUAGAAGAAAACACAAGGGCCUUCAUCCUAAUGGUCUCUGAGGCCAGUCUUGUCAGGCCUGCAAUGAUCAUCAACUGAAAAUAUAACUGGGUGCCGCCCAUUCCUAAUACUCUUUCCUCCCAUAGGUUUCUCCAUGUUUGGGGCAGGCUUGACUGUGGGCCUGUCCAAUCUCUUCUGUGGUAUAUGUGUGGGCAUUGUGGGCAGUGGUGCAGCAUUGGCAGAUGCCCAAAAUGCCAGCCUCUUUGUCAAGAUCCUCAUCGUGGAAAUCUUUGGCAGUGCCAUCGGACUCUUUGGAGUCAUCGUGGCUAUCCUGCAGGUGAGUCUCUCCGGCCUUGCUAUCCCCAGACAGUCUUGCCCAUUCCCACCUCCCAAGCAGAGGUAGAAGGAAGAAUUUAGAGAGGAUGAAGGUUUGGAAAUGCCAGUAGUCAUGCCUAGACUGCUCUUUGCAGAUUAGCGAAACAAAAAAGAAUUUCAAAAACUAAUUUGUUCCUUCAAAGGGGCUCUCAUCUACUCUUAAGUUGCGCCCAAUAUUUACUGGUUCGGUAGGUUAGGUAGUUAUCUCGUGGUGCUGGUGUUGCUUUAAGGAAUCCCCAAGCCAUCCCUGCUUCAGGGCAAGGAAGAGGCAAGGCCUUUAAUGGGUGUGUGUGGCUCAACCUUCAGCCUUCUUCAAUGACAAGAAGCUUCCCUGUCCAUAAGAUCUACUAUGGCUUUGUCUCUUCAGCCUGCGUCUCCACAACUAUUGCCCCUCACUUUUGGCUGCUGCUCUGUGCACCUGUCCUGAACAGCCAUAUUUCCUCAUGAUCAUGUACAGGUGGAUGCAUUUGCAGUGUUAAAAAGCUGCUACAUGCGACAAAUAUGAUAGCAUGCCCAGUUUGCAUUUCACAGUCUGUAAUCGGUAGUUAAUGGUUUACUGUGAAGGCACAGAAGGCUCCCAAUUUGCUCCUCCCUUCUAGUCAGCAGGAGCAACAAAUCACCAUUCCUGGCCUGGGGGUUGCUGUUUGUUUCACUCCAAACACUCUUAAGCCAAAAACAAAUCCUGGCAUUAUUCUUGGCAAUAGUGGGGGUACGUAGGGGAGCUUAAUUCAUGGCGCCUGUGUUUUCUUACCUUCUCUCCUUUUUGUCUUUUGCAGGUGUCUAAAGUGAAAAUGGGCGACUAAGCCCUUUGCCACCAGCCUGUCUGCCAGCUGCAGACUCUGUACAUAUUUAUUUAAUGUCUUCUGUUGGCUUGGGAUGGAGCUUGGUGUAUAAAUUUAUUCCCGUGAUCUUUCCCUGCGAGGCCGUGGAAGAACCUGACCAAUUGAUGUGUGUGUGAGAAAGAAUCUGUCCUCCUUUCCUUCCAUCCUUUCCUGCUCCACUUCCCCUGAAAGAAGGGGCUGGAUGAACCUAGGAGAAGGAGCCUAGAGUCUUCCAGCCCUUGCACUCUUUGUGGCAACCACUGCCAACAGCAAUGCCAUGUUCUGUGAAAUAAACUUAUCCGUGUCCCAGGUAGUUUCCCUUCCUUGUGCGCCCCGUGCUGCUGUGCCCCUCCUGCUGCCCCGGCUCCUGCUGCCUCUCACAGUCCACAUUUUCUGGAACAGCCAGUGGUACUGGCUGAAGAUUUGGCUCUGCAGGCUAUGGGAGGUGCCCUCCUAGGCACAUCUGUUCCAUACUGAAGGGGUGCAUAGGAGCUAAAAGUUGUGAUUUUUUGAGUUCCCUGAAACUUCACAAAUGAUUGGUUAAUUAAAAUUAAUUAUGGGAAAUGUCUUGUACUGUGAUUAAUAGUUGCUGUUUCUCUGUGGUGUGCCUGCUGUUCAUCAAACUGCUCAAUGCAGGGGUGGGCAAACUUCAGGCUUAUCUGAUUGUCUUUGUUUCUUUAACUGGAAUCCAAAAUCUACUAACCAGGGGCAAAAUAUAGAUUAUUUUUUUUAGAAGGGGUUCCUCUGAGCCCAAGUCUUCUCCUGCGUAACUUUCAUCAUUUCAGCGGCCAAAUUUAGAUGGGAAAGGUCAUUUUGUUAUUUCCUUUAGACAACUGAUAGUUGAAAAGCCCUGCUGAUUGAUUGCAAAUCACUCAGAGGUUUGAUAGAGCCUGUGAGGUAGGUGCAAAGGCUGUAACUGGCCCAAGGUCACCCAGUGAGCUUCAUGACUUGAGUGGGGAUUUGAACCCUGAAGUUUUAAAGUGUUGUAAACUUUAAGGGUUUUUUUUCCUUUAUAAUGUGGUAUAGAAAUGAAAUUAAUCAUCAUCAACAUCAUCAUCCCUGAGAAAGAAAAUGAGACCUGGACAUUCCAUUGUGGCAGCCACAACCUAGGUUUAAAUUACCAUUUAGCGAUUAGCUUAUAUAUCUGAGUUUCUACACUGGACCCCCAUGGAUUGGAGGUUCCCUCUCCCAGGGUAAAGAGUAUUCCUGCUACCUCUUCCCAGGGGUGGGUAGUUUUGCAGUCCUAGGACCAUGAAGCGUAUUAAUUUACAAAACUGUAUUUAUAUCCUAUCUUGGGAGUUGCCAAAGGCAGCUUUAAGUUAAAGCAAAACUUAGCUGAAAAUUAGAAGCCAGAGAGUCACAUUGCAGAAGGGGAAACACUUCUUAUGGUAGGAUGAAUCUAAGGAUCUUAUAGCUUAAGCCCUGAGCAGCAGGAUUUGCCAUCUGUAAUCCAAUCCCAUGCCAGCCUUACCUGGUAACUGUAAGGGUGGGAGGAAAGAGCUGGAUUCCAGGCAGCAAAAUUUGUUAUUUUCCCUGCAAAGUUUAGAUAGUCAAAUGGGGGGGGGGUGUUAUUGUGAUAUAUUCUUAUUUUAAGGAAUAUAUAAAAAAAGAAAACUGAUUCUGUUUGUUAUUUCAUUAUUUACAGCAAGUCUUCACUGUUCUGAUUGGCUCAGUGCUUUUGGAGAGCAACAGAGCUGUGCUUAUUUUUCUACAGGAACUUAAAAAAUUAUGUGGCAGGGUGUUUAGUGUCACCUUUUGGGUUCCUUGCUGGGACAGAGCCCCACCCCGGGAGAUUUCCUGAAACACUUUUGACAACUGUAUAUUUAGCCUCUUUUCCACGUUUCCCACUACUCUGAGUAAAAACACUUGAAUUUA